UCAACCUGCUCUCUGACAGCUGCCGCAGACUUUAAGCGGCAUUACCAGGCUCAGCAUGAAGGGAGUAAUGUUUAACCCCGCACCCAGGAUCCGUGAGAUCGCCUCCAAGGACUCCCUGGCAAUGGAUGACUCAGCUGUGGAGCCUGUUCGCAUUAAAACAUCCCGGCUGACCCAGACGACCGCCGAGGCUCAUCUGGAAACGACGUGGCCGCCGCCCGGAGCCAAGGUGCGCAUCAAGGCCAACAAGGGCGCGGUGGUGAGGGUGGCCCGGCGGUGUUCCAACCCCCAAGCGUCCAGUUUGGUAGAGGUGUGGGCACCGAGAGAGGAGCCGGAGGAGAAACCUCAGAGCCCUGAAACGAGAAAACCGCCUGAAGCCAUGAAAAACGGGGUAGAAGGACACGGAGGAGCGCCACCCAGGAGCCGGAAGAACCGCUUCAGGGCCCCCGAUGUGAGGACCAUCUUCUCUCCCAGCGAGAAGGACCCCAGAGUGAAGGAGGAGACCGGGGAGGGACACACCUUUGAGCCCGGAGGCGAGAACAACUGGUGUGAUGUGUGCUGCAAUUAUAUCCUCCAACACGGUCUCACCUGUGCAGGUUGUAAAUAUGCAUGUCAUGCUGAGUGUCGAGAGAGCGUGUCGCUUGACUGUCAUCCUGCUGCGUCGCCCCUCAGUCAAGACAAGCUGAACAACAACACGCCGCUCCAUGAUGUGGAGAAGGAGCGAUGGGGGAGAACGGAGCUCAGCAGGGAGGAAAUCCAGCAGAGGAUCGAGCAUUACAACUCCAUGACCAAAGACUACCUUAAAAUGACUCUGAACCCUACUGGUGUCUACACGGGUUUCAUCAAGGUUGUGUUGGAUCUAAGAAGGCCGGUGACGGUGCGCGGAGGUCAGACAGGAGCUGGAGGAGAAGCCGUGAUGCAGGAGGCCUUUUAUCUGCCGCAGGAAGUCAGCAACACGCUCCACAUCAGCUCUGAAAACACCGUCAAACAGGUGAUCAUGGCGCUGCUGAAUAAGUUCACGGUCGCUGACAACCCUGCCAAGUAUGCGCUGUACAAACGUUACCGCAGGGAAGAGCAGGUGUAUGUGUGCAAGCUGGCGGAUGGCGAGAAGCCGCUGUUCCUCCGUCUGGUGGCUGGACCCAACCUCGACGUCCUCAGCUUCGUUCUGAGAGAACAGCAGACAGGAGAAGUCAUGUGGGACGCCUUCUCCAUCCCUGAGCUGCAAAACUUUCUCCGGAUACUUGACAAGGAGGAGCAGGAGCAGAGAGAUGCAGUAAUUCGUCGCUAUGAAGCCUACCGGCAGAGACUGCAGGAGGCCAUAAUGGAGGUCAGAGGGCCUUCGUAGAGGAUUUCCCCUCCAUCAAACCAAACUGCUGCUCCUCCUCACAGAGACUGAGGAUGUGCGUUUUCUAUCUGAAAUCUCCUUGGAGGAGAAACGGGGUGUAGAUGUUGGUAGAGGGAGGGUGUGGAAUGGAAAGCAAGUGGAGGGAACCAGCGCCUGGAUGAAGGGAUGGUUUGGAUACACGGAGGACCGCUUACACAUGAAGGACUCGGAAGACAAUAAACUUUCAGACGUCUGCACUCGCCAAAGAUUCACUCGUGUGCCAUAUUGUUUCCUCUCAACCAUCCCUCCUCCUUUCUUCUGCUGUCUUAUAAUUUAUCUCAAUUCCUUUUUGUUUCUUUCACUUUAUUUUAACUUGUGAGAGACUUGAGGUUGUAUUUUUAUUUAAUUCCUUUGUUUUAAAGGUUUGUACAUAUGUUUUCUUAAUUUAUAUGAGUAAAGCUUUAUCCGUUUUUUUUUUCUUUUAAAGCAAAGUCUUAUUUCUUUUUCAUUGUUAAGAGAAAGACUUUUUUUUUGGCACAGACAGGGAAUAGAUUAUCGAGGCGGUCACUAUAUGAUGCGUACAUCAGAUAUCGCUGAUGCAGUGGUAAUUUAUAUAUGCAAAACAAAAGCUCUGAGGAAUGAGGCAUGUUAACUGGAAGCGCUGUAGCUGGAAAAGGUGAUGUACUUCUGAAGAAAAGUAGAUAUCUACUAAAGUAUGGAGCCCUGAGCGUGCCAAAUGUAGAACGAUAUCAUGAAUCAUGAAGAUCCACAUGUUGAGUCAUAAAGGCAACAUAUAGUUCUUUUUGUGGCAUUUAUUAAUAUUAAGCUAAAAGUAUUAUGUUUAAAAAACUCUCUAAAAUUAGUCUACCCACUUUUUGAAAAUUUUUAUUUUCUAAAUUUGUUUUGCUACAGCAAAACUUGGGAAUCACUAAACUAUUAUCAUUUAUCAUUAGAAUCUAAAAGAUAAACAUAAUUUUUAAAUAUUUUAAUUGAUCGUUAGUUUAGGUCAAAAAUGAUUUGUCUUUACUUUGGAAUAUUGUUUCGUUGGAGGUGCGAAGACUUAAAGAGAUUAAAUAUCACAGUUUUACUGUAAAACUCCAUCUUUACACAGAGUUUUAACCUCUAGUUUUAGAUAUGGAAAAAUGUGGAUUGCAAAGUAUUUCAUCAAAUAGUUUUUUUUAGAAUAUAGAUUUUUGGCACAUCUUGGGCUCCAUAAAUACCAAUUGGAAGCUAAAUUGAGCAAAUAUAUGCAGGCAGUGUUGUGCCCCUAUAAAGUUUAUUAUUAUUUUCAUGUGGCUUUUGAUAAAUAUAAGUGAUAACAUCAUAAAUUAGACUUUCACUUCUAAGUUUGAUGCUCAAUGUCAUAAUCCUAUGAAAUGCCAUAUACAUGGAAUGUCAGUUAUGAUCUAAUUUUUAAAAGCUAUAAUAAGAUAUUCAGUUUGUCGUGUUUUGAUAUCGAAAUUAGACCUAGAGAAUUUGGAAAUAUGAAAAAAGUUGAGUUUUAAGUUCAUUAUUUCAACUUUCUAAAUCUUAAGUCUAUGAUAUAUGGUCACUUUCUAUUGAUAAUACAUAUGCUGUUUUGUUUUUUCAGCUGGGAGGAACGGCGCUCUAUACUGGUAGAGAGAAAUCUACUCUAAUUUGAGGCUAAAUGAAAACUGCUUUUAUAUUGUGGGUACAGAAAGUUGAAAUGUUUUAAUGGAAGAUGUUAUUCUUAUGAGCAAAGAAUUAUAUUUUGUACAGAUAUUUUUCUGUAAAUUGACUUUCGGAGUUCCAGUGUUUGCAGGGAAAGAGUGAUGAGAUGCAGUUGGUUUCUGGAAGUUGACCGAGUGUUUGAGGAAGUAGAAAAGAAACGCAAGAUGUUUGCAAGGAGGAAAAAUAAUAAGAUUGGCACCAAGCAGAGUGACUGUGGCCUUGGGGACGACAGGGUUUUCCUUUAGCCAAACGUCACUGAUAAAGUUUGUCUGCUUUGUGCAUUAAUGAAAGCUCACGUAGCGAAAGGUCUGUGUGUGCGGAUAGCUGGCAAACAAAGAAGGCUGCUUUGUCCUGACAGAUUGUCCUGUUUUUUCAGUAUUCUCUGUCUGCAGCUAUGCAGUUUUAUCUUCAUUUGAAAUGUCCAACCUUGACCUCUAUUAUAAAACUGAGCUUGGAUUCUGUGAGAUAUUCUAGAGGGAAAACAGAAAGUGAGGAUGGAAGAAAUACUAAGAGAUUUUAGAGAGUGGAAAACAUGCAGAAGGUUUCGCUGAAAUGUUUUAAAUGAAAGAAAUAU